GUAUUGUUAAUUUUAUGUGGAGAUUCUAUUUGAGAACGAAUUUCUUUCCAAAAUUUUCCAGGAUUCUUCUUAUUCUAAUAAAGAGAUGCCAAAUGAUACGCCAAUGUCGCCAAUGCUAAGCAACCAAAAGUUUCUUCAACCGUUCCCCUACCUAAUGCCAAUAAUGAAAGUGAAAUACAGCUACACCAGUUGAUCUCGUUAGUUUUGAGCUCAGUCUUGAAGAGAGAAUAAGAACCUUAUUGAUUUCCAAAAUGUUCAAACUGCUGGUGAUUUCCUGCCUCGUGGCUUGCGCGUACGGCAACAGCGCCGGCGCCCCUGAAGACUCCUGUGACGACAUGACACCCAAGCACCCCGCCGACCCCCAAAAGUCCCCCUUUCCCUACAAGGUGACCGUCAACCGUAACCAGGUGAGGGCGGGCGAGAACGUCGAGAUCACGGUCGGCGGCGGCAGGACCUUCAAGGGCUUCCUGCUGCAGGUGAGGGGCGGCAACAAGGCCGUCGGGCAGUUCCAGAACGGCGGCGGCGACAAGUACUGGAAGACCAUCAAGUGUCACGACAAUGACAAGAGUACUGCUACCCAUAAAAACGCAACCGAGAAGAAGAAUUUGAAAUUGAUCUGGAAAGCACCUUCAGCUCCUGGGAAAUACACCGUAUAUGCCACAGUGGCUCAAGAUGGAGGAACUUUCUGGGCAUACCAUCCAACUGAAACCAUUAAUGUAGUAGCGUAAAUAUGUGAUUAUUUUAGAAUGUGAUUUUGUAAAAAUAUCUUUUUUAUCAUAAAAACAAUUGUAAUUAUUUCGAUUAUAGGUGUAUGUGUGUGAAUAGAUAAAUUUUGAAUAGGUACAUAAUAAAACAUUUUCAUGAUUUUUCAUUAUUAAAUACAGAUUGUUUAUCGAAUCUUUACAUAUAGUAAGACUACGGAGAAUAGUGGUUGUUUUACAGUAUGAGGCGCGGAGACUA